UCCAGGUAAUGGUGCCUGGGAGACAAAACAGUCUUCUGCUUCAGCCUCUGCUGUCUGAUACAGAGUACAAAGUUACUAUCACUCCAAUGUAUUCUGACGGGGAAGGAGUCAGUGUCUCAGCUCCUGGCAAAACUCUACCCCUGUCUGCUCCUAGAAAUUUACGUGUCUCUGAUGAAUGGUACAACAGAUUACGUAUCAGUUGGGAUGCCCCUCCGUCACCAACAAUGGGUUACAGGAUUGUCUACAAACCUAUCAACAUUCCAGGUCCUGCGUUGGAGACCUUUGUAGGGGAUGAUAUUAAUACCAUUCUCAUUCUAAAUCUCUUCAGUGGAACGGAGUACAGUGUUAAAGUAUUCGCUUCAUACUCAACAGGCUUCAGUGAUGCCCUAACAGGCAUAGCCAAAACCUUGUACCUCGGUGUGACAAAUUUGGAUUCCUAUCAAGUCCGCAUGACUAGUCUCUGUGCUCAGUGGCAGCUUCACAGACAUGCUACUGCAUACAGGGUAGUUAUUGAAUCGCUCGUGGAUGGGAAAAAGCAAGAAGUAAAUCUUGGUGGAGGGACGCCUAGACAUUGUUUCUUUGAGCUGGUGCCUGGAACUGAAUAUAAAAUUAGUGUUCAUACACAGCUUCAGGAGAUAGAGGGCCCUGCCGUAAGCAUCAUGGAGACAACAUUACCAUUUCCAACUCAACCACCAACAACACCUUCAACACCACCUCCACCACCUACAAUCCCUCCUGCGAAAGAGGUGUGCAAAGCCGCCAAAGCUGACCUAGCAUUCCUGGUGGAUGGGUCAUGGAGUAUUGGAGAUGACAAUUUCAAUAAAAUAAUUAGCUUUCUCUAUAGCACUGUUGGAGCUUUGGAUAAGAUUGGUCCUGAUGGAACGCAG